AUGUCUGAUCCCUUCCUCAUGCUAAGCAAAACCGUCCUUGACAGUUGCCCGUAUUUGUCAAUCCUGGCCCUUCACUGGAGCCCUCAGCAAAUCAAUGGACACAGGUUUGAAGGGAAGGAAGGUGAUUACAUUCAAAUUCCAGAGAGGUUACUGGAUGCUCCUGAGCCGGAAGUGUCGGAUGGGAAAAAUGCGUGCGCAUUAGUCCAGUUUGUGGAGUACAGCAGCCAGCAGUGGUUUGUAGCAGGAGACAACCUUCCUGCCCUGAGAGACAAGGUAUUGUCUUUGAAUGUGAAAGGUCAGAAUGCACAACCCCUGCUUAACAACAAUGAGGUUCUCUACAGGAUUUAUGCAGCUGAGCCUAGAAUUAUUCCUCAUACAUCUCUGUGUCUCCUCUGGAAUCAGGCUGCUUCCAGCUGGUUGUCCGACAGCCAGCUUUGCAAAGUGGUUGAAGAUGCUGCGGACUACGUGGACUGCGCCUGCUCACACAUGUCUGCGUACGCUGUCUACGCUCAGACUGACAACUUGGUGUCGUACAACGAAGCUUUUUUCUCUGCUGGCUUUAUAUGCAUCUCAGGUCUCUGUUUGGCUGUUGUUUCCCACGUGUUCUGUGCUAGAUACUCCAUGUUUGCAGCUAAACUUCUGACUCACAUGAUGGCCGCCAGCUUAGGAACCCAGCUCCCUCAGCCAGACACAGGCUUGGGGUGGGAGGCUGAGGAAGUGUUUGAUGAGCACGUCACCGCUAAGACUGCAUGUUCCACAGUCUCUCCCUCUCUGUAA